UGUGGUAGGGAGAGCGAAACACGACACCCCUAGAGAGGAAGGGGGGUGCUGGGGGUUGAGAAUACGGAGUGAGUGGAAAAAUAAAAGUCUGUAGAAAGAGAAAAAAAACGUGGUUCCAUACUCAGAUUGAGAGUUUUUCAUGCGAUGUUUUGACUGCUGCAAUGACGAUGUGGAAGAUUCGACCAUUGCAACAUUUUAAUGCGGCUAAACUGAUUAGCUAAAGAAUUAUAACAGUGCUACAAGGCAUUCCCCCACUAUCAGCACGACGGACUCAAAGUUCAACGCCAUUCAGUGCUGACGAGUGGGUUUAUACCAAGCUAGAACAGCAUUCGUCUCUACGGUUUGUGAAAAAGAAAAUACAAAAUAAAGUUAGGAGCUCAGAAGUAACUGGGGAACAGUAGGGGGCCUGGGGAGCGCAUGAGAACAGAGGGUUUAGGCUAAGCUUAGAAACGGAAAAGUUUUCAAGCCAGCGAGGAAUUUUUCGAUUUUAAUUUGUCAAGAACAACGAAGGCUGGGUGUCCAAUACCACGCUAACUAACAACCAAACGGGAAACUUUCUGAAUUGACCAGAGUCACCAUGAAAACCCCCGGGGACACGGGGUUUGCCUUCCCCGACUGGGCCUACAAACCCGAGUCGAGCCCCGGCUCACGACAGAUUCAGCUCUGGUGCUUCAUCCUGGAGCUGCUGCGGAAGGAGGAGUACCAUGAAGUCAUCGCUUGGCAGGGCGACUACGGAGAGUUUGUCAUCAAGGACCCCGAAGAGGUGGCCCGACUGUGGGGUGCCCGCAAGUGCAAACCGCAGAUGAACUACGACAAGCUGAGCAGAGCGCUUAGAUAUUACUACAACAAGAGAAUCCUCCACAAGACCAAAGGGAAGAGGUUUACCUACAAGUUCAACUUCAACAAGCUGGUGCUGGUCAACUACCCCUUCAUCGACAUGGGCUCUGGUAGGGGAGUCCCCCAGAGCGCCCCGCCGGUGCCGACCGGGGGCAGCCACUUCCGCUUCCCCCCCUCCACCCCGUCCGAGGUGCUCUCCCCCAAUGAGGACCUGCGCAGCCCGGGCGUGUUCAGCAGCGUGGCCCGCCGUAUGGGCCGCGGCUCUGUCUCCGACUGCAGCGAUGGCACCUCCACCAAUUCUGAGCUGGAGGAAGGCGUGGGGGGUGAAGAUCGUGGCGGCGUGGGCCCCGAACGGGCCUUCCGCGGCCUCCUCCACCCCCGCCUCUCCCAUGACUCGCUGUUUCGUGCCUACGGGGGACCCGGCGGGCUAGGCCGUCCCCCGCCCGGCCACAGGGUCCACGGUGACCCCAUGUCUCCGUUCCCUGUGUCCCCACUGCCGGGCCCUGGGGGCCUCCUGGGGUCCACCCUGUCCCCAGCCCUGUCCAUGACCCCUGGCUCCCACCUACCCUACACCCCGUCCCCCUCACUCAGCCCCAUGCUGGGCUCCCACUUCUCCUUCAACCCGGACGACAUGAAGCGCUACCUGCAGGCCCACCACCAGAGUGUCUACAACUACCACCUCAGCCCCAGAGCCUUCUUCCACUACCCCAACAUCGUGGUCCCCCAGCCCCACAGGCCUUCUGCCGCCCCUGACAAGCCCAUAACAGCCCACCACCAUGCCCCGCCCAUGCCCCACUCCCAUUCGCUGCACCACCAUCAAGGGGAGGAGCAGCACCCCUCGCCCUUCAAGUUCAAGCUGCAGCCGCCUCCGCUGGGGCGUAAACAGAGGGACUGCUCCGCCUCCUCUACCGGUGGGUCCUCCUCCAGCCUAGGCUCCUCCUACGCUGCUUUAGGGCUGCUCUCUAACUCCUCCUCAGUGGGCCCUCCCAAAAUCAAGGUGGAGCCCGUCUCUGACAUCGAGUCCGAUGAGGAGGUGGAGGUGACCGACAUCAGCGAGGAGGACGAGCUGCUCGACGACUACGAGGGCGACGUCUUCACCCCCCCUCAUCCCACCAACGGAACCGCCCCUACCGCCAUUACCAACCUGGGUGCCAUCGCCGCUGACGACCUGGAUGAGGAUGUGUUCAAGACCCCCGCCGCCCCUCCCAUGGUUCCUCUGACUCCCUCCCUGCUGGGCCUCAAGAGCGAGGCAGGCCAGGGACCUCCCAUCAGCCCCGGCGGCACCCUCUGUAUCCCCCUCAAGCUGCGCUUCAAACGCCGCUGGAGCGAGGACCAGAAGAUGGAGGCCUAUGGCGAGCGCGAGGAGGCCGAGGAUAAGAAAGUGCGGGCGGAGAAGGAGGUGGUGGAGGAGCCGGCAAGGAGGGAGUCAGAGAAUGGGGAGGGGCCAAGGAGAAGCCCGUCCAUGAGUCUGGGGGCUCCUCCGGCCCAGCGCAGGGCCAGCUCCGAGCUGCAGAGAGCCACAGCCCAGCUGUCUCUGGAGAACCAUGGAGCCUGUUGAGGCAGGAAUACACACACAGAGAGAGAGAGACGAUCUCAUGCCCAUACCUACAUACACACACUCACUCAUAUAACCAAGCUUACGCAUAUACACAAGUGCCUGUGUGGAAGGCUUUUUUUACUCUCAUUUUGAACUGAUUUAAUAGUGAACAUUAACACACAGCUCAACAUGCUGUGACUGAGACACUAAGGCUGGCCAUUAGAUAUCCCCUCUAAACAGAAGACCCUUCAGGGCCUAGUUCCAAGAUCCAUCCCUUAGACCUGUACGCUGCCUUAAGGUGCCUCCAUCUCCCCUUUCAACAUCUCCUCCCAGUAAUGUCCUUAGCUCCUUAGCCUUUUAUGUUGCAUCAAAACAGAUGGGAAAGAGUCCCUUCAGACCCACUCUCCCAGAAGGACCUUAAUAUUGCUGACACU